AUGAAACGAGUCGCAGAGACACAAGGGCGGAAGGAAACCGGCUUCGAUCAAGAGAUGUCUUCAAACGAUGCGCCCAAGCGGGCGACCGCUGCUCAGCUGGCCAACAGAAAGAUCAAAGCCGCAAGAGAACGAAAGACAAGAGUCGGUUCCCCAAAUCUCGGACUUUCACAGCCAUCUGCGAACCCAUUCGGCUCGAUCGAUCCAAACGUGGUGCCUACGUCUUCCUUUUCGACAGGUGCUUCAAACGGCUUCAAUUUUGGACAGUCUCAAAGCUUCUCACAGCCAUCAGCGGCAACGGGGGCCUCCAACAAAGGUCCAUCUUUAUCUACCAGCUUCGGCGGCGAGCAGAACAGCUCGUCAGGGUCUUUCAAGCUCUUCGGUAGUCAAACAACCUCAGCUCCUCCGUCAUUCGAUUUCUCCUCAUCAUCUAACAACCAACAAAUAAACAAUCCGUUCAGCAACAUGAGCUCCAACCAGGGUUCAGGUUUCCAGGGUUUCAAAGGAAACAUGUUCAGUAUCCCUGGAGCUUCCCAGGCUGAGAAGAAACCUGAAAGUCAACCAAACGGAGGAGGAGGGUUUUUUGGGCAGGCAUCUACGUCGACCAGCACUCCAAUGUUUGGAGCUGCCCCGACGACCACUGCUCCCUUUUUCAGCAUGUCCGCUGGUCCCAACAUGUUUGGACAGACCAACAGCGCUGCUCCCAAUAUGUUUGGAGCUGCGCCCAUCACCAGCCCUACAAAGGGUUCAGAAGCAAUGCAAAUGUCUCCAGAUGGUCCCAAGUCUUCUGGUCAGGGCAUCUUCAACGUCUCAGCUCCGGCUCCUCCUAUUUUCAAAUCCCCCUUUUCUACUCCUGCAACGGGAUUCAACUUGGGAGCAAGCACCGCUGCUACUUCCGCCUCAACUCCUGCGUGGUCCUUCAAACCCGCUGCUAGCACCCCAGCCUCCGCCUCGACUUCGGGUUCCAUCUUAUUUGGCGCAUCCAAGCCUGACGAGCCCAAGGCGGCUGCAACUGCAACUGCAACUACCGGCGCUGGCGCUGGUGCUGGCACUGGCACCUCCACCCUGUUUGGUGCGCCUACUAGCAGUACCCCGUUGUUCGGACAGCUGGCAAAGCCUGCGGACACGACUCAAACCAACACCACCCAGGGCACUCCAAGUACUGCGACCUCCAAGCCAGCAGGAAUCUUUGGCGCGAACGCUUCUUUCUCCGCCGCUCCCGCUGGUGGUUCGCUCUUCAGUCAUUUAAGUCAGCCGAAGAAUGCAACUUCUACUUCUACCGCGAGUGAAACUCCUUCGCUCUUUGGUCACCUUGCUCAGCCAAAGCCUGAGGCCGUUUCCUCUCCCGCCAAAGAAACAACUCCUCUGUUCUCUGCUCCCAGUACCUCCAAGCCGCUUUUUGGCGCCCCUGCAACUACUGCUCAGACUACCCAGCCUGCCUUUUCUCUCUUUGGCCAGGCUACCAAGCCUGCUGAAAAGCCUGCUGAAAGUCCAAAGCCUGCCACCGCUACAGCUACAUCUGGAAGCCAGACUCCUUCGAUCUUCGCAACACCUCCAACCGGAGGCUCGCUGUUCCAGCGUGCAACUGAACCAGCCAAGGAAGAACAGGCCCAGCAGCCUGCUCCUCCUACACAGACAGAGAACAAGGCCCCUGGAGAGCCAUCUCCCCUGUUUGUUUCGACCAACACUCCUGCGCUGGCUCAACCAAAGCCGAUGUUCAACAGCUUCAUGAACUCCACUAGCUCCAACGCUGCUAAGCCAUUUUCUCCAGCCUUCGGUGCUGCUCCGGCUGUUCCUCAGGCUGCCCCUGCUAAAGCAGCUGAUGUUCCAGCGCCACCUAAACCACAAUAUGCAGAUGCAUCGACGGAGACCAUUUUCGAGGUCGAAACCCCAUUAAGAGACUUCCGUCCUGAAGAAGAAGAGUACCCUCCCAACGCAACCGAAGAAGUGCGUGAGCUAUUCCUCCGCGCCUGGCGCCUUUCGGCCCUCAAUGCUAGCUUCCAAGAAGAGAUCGCAACGGUCAACUGCUGGAGUCAAGACCUCGACCCUAUCAUUGCCCAUUACGUUAUGCUUCGUAAGAUGAUUGGCCAUCCCCAUCCUUUGGUCAGCGUCUACACUCCAAUUCCUCCAGGAAGCAAGCUUCCAUGGACACCACAGCCUCCUUUCUCGGAGUAUGAUGAGCAAGACAAGAGGAAACGCGCUCAACUUACUGCUCAGAGUGAUAAAGCUACCUCUCCCGUUAAGGAGGCUCUUAUGCCUAAUGGUGACUCGACUGUCUCUGGACCCUCAGCCACUUCACACAAGAGAAAGGCAUCCGAUGUAGAAGGGGAAGAAGCUGAUUCCCCCGACAAGACCGGAAAGCGAACCAAGGUCAUUGAGGACAAAGCUGCGAAUAGCUCUGAUGAGACCGACGAGACCAACGAACCCAGCCCCUCGAAGACCCUAUCUCUAUUCGCCAGCUCAUUCGUUGCUCAAAAGUCCUGUGGCUCAUCUGCCGAUUCCAACGAGGCUCCUAGCUCUGAUGAGAGUGUGUCUGAUGAAGACGAGGCUACGGACGCCGACCAAGCUGAGGACAAGACAACCACUCCUUCCGUUUCUCCACCUGGCUCGUCCAACGGCGGUGGUGGCCGCAGUCUUUUUGACAGAAUUGAACGCGAUGGAAACGGUCAACCUGUGCGUCAAGUCCAGCCAGAAGAGUCGCUUGAAGAAGCCAAAUCUCUAGUUAAUGACGGAAAUGAUAUCUCCUCCUCCGUCCUGGGUGGCUCGAGAACCGGAUCCCCAUUCAAUAUACCCGGAUCUUUGACUCCUCUUACUGGCUCAACAAACGGAAUGGGCAGCACCCGCUCUCCAUCUCCUCUAGAUCCAACGAAAGCAAAGGAAACUAAAUCCUCUUCUCUCUUUGCAAACCUUCCCCCCAGUGGGUCGGUUCUCUUUGGCGCCAACACUUCAUUCACCUCGACCUCAACGAACGGCGGUGCUAUGUCAGCCCCGACAUCCAACUUGUUUGGUGCACCACCUUCAUCUGCUUCAAGCCCUGGUAACAGCGGCUCUGCUCCAGCUACAUCCAACAUAUUCAGUGCUCCAUCACCAACAUCCACCCCUCCACCUACCUCUAAUAUAUUUGGAGCACCGUCAUCAACCUCCGCACCAGCACCAUCCAAUAUGUUUGCUACUCCAUCGUCCACAUCCACCUCUACCGCAACCAACAAUAGCUCUCUUAUGCCUCCCACCUCCAAUAUCUUCGCUGGUCUCAAACCUAAUUCCUUCACUCAGUCAGGCAGCGGCUCCAUGUUGGCACCAUUCCCAUUAUCCGGGGUGACGUCCGUUGACCCUAGCCGAGCGACGACGCCAGCCCAGUCAGACACAGACAACACUAAUGAGCCAAGUGAUGAAGUGGAGAAACACGCACAAGUCGACUUCACGCGUAGCGGGCCUGGUGAAGAGGAUGAGGAUGCGGUCUUUGAGUGCCGCGCGCGCGGCUACCAGCUCACCGAUGGAAACUGGAAGGUCAAGGGUGUUGGGAUACUCCGUAUACUCAAGCAUCGCACGAACAAUAAGUCUCGCAUCCUUCUUCGCGCCGAUCCUAGUGGCUCCAUCAUUCUUAACAACCACUUAAUGCCAGAAAUUGAAUACAAGCAGAACGGCAAUAACGUGCAGUUCUUGGUUGCUAGCGAAUCUGGUUUCCAUCAGUGGAUGCUUCGUGUGAAAACCGAUGAAAGCGCUGUCAAUUUGAAAGACUCUAUGGAGAAGCAUAAGAAGAGAGAUUGA